UAUCGGCAACCUGAACACAGAAAUACACCCUUUUGUAAGAAGAUGAGAAGGACCGGAUAGAAAGAAGAAAAAAAUAAAAAAAAAACCCGGCGGAGGUUGUGUGCAACCAGCGCGGGGAGCUGUGAGGAUCAGACUUGGGGGGUUUGCGCUGCGAUCUGUGCGCACAUUCAGAGGAGGAACCGGGUGAAGAAGAAGAGGAAGAAGAAGAAGAAACGAAAGGGGGGGGGGAAGGACAAUACUGGCUUUUUUUUUUAAUCGUCUGUGAGAAAUGACGCUUCACUCGUAGGGGAUGCCGCAUAGAUUUGAUGAUAGUCACCGGUAGUCGGCUGCGAUUAUUUCGGAUUCAACCCUCGUUCGGGCGCAUCCUCCGGCACCUCACCCUCUGCCAGCGGCUAUUUCAGGGACUCCACAUUGUCUUAUAUGCAGGAUCACCAGAUCGGACAUUGAUUUAUUCAGGGGUUACAUUUGAUUUCUGCAGCCGGACCCUCCUCAUGCCUUCGACUGAAUUUUAAAUCGCUUCCCUGGAUGUGACCGUCUCACGUUGAAUUUUGGCCGCCGCAUGAAUUCUCCCACCGGAUCCUGGUCUGUGUUCUCUCCGCUGUCCUCCUCCUCCGACACCCCCCCAAUCCUCGCAGAGGGCACUACCCUCCUCCCUGCCGCUAAAGACAUUUUGAUCGUCCUCCCCGCUUCCCCCCCAGCCGGACUCGACCAUCAUCACUCCUCCUCCUCCUCCUCCUCCUCCUCCUCCUCUUCCUCCUCCACCUCCUCUGGAACAUGUCGGGACAGUCUUUGACGGACCGGAUCGCCGCCGCGCAGCACAGCAUGACCGGGUCUGCCAUCAGCAAAGCCGUCUGCAAGGCCACGACGCACGAAGUCAGCGGACCCAAGAAGAAGCACCUUGACUACCUGAUCCACUGCACCAAUGAGAUGAACGUCAGCAUCCCCCACCUGGCGGACACACUGCUGGAGCGCACAGCCAGUAACAGCUGGAUAGUGGUUUUUAAAGCGCUCAUCACCACACACCACCUCAUGAUGUACGGCAACGAGAGAUUGAUGCAGUACCUUGCCUCCAGAAACACGCUCUUCAACCUCAACAACUUUCUAGAUAAGGCUGCACUACAAGGUUACAACAUGUCAACUUUCAUCAGACGGUACAGCCGCUACCUGAAUGAAAAAGCCAUGUCUUACAGAAUAGCAGCGGUGGACUUCACUAAGAUGAAGAGAGGAGCCGAGGGUGUGAUGCGCACCAUGAACACAGAGAAGCUGAUUAAGACUCUGCCUGUCAUUCAGAACCAGCUGGAUGCACUGCUGGAUUUCCAGCCCAACUCCAACGAGCUGACCAACGGAGUCAUCAACACAGCUUUCAUGUUGCUCUUUAAAGAUUCCAUACGGUUGUUCGCUGCUUAUAACGAAGGGGUCAUCAACAUGCUGGAGAAAUACUUUGACAUGAAGAAGAAUCAAUGCAAAGAAGCCCUGGAGAUCUACAAGACCUUCCUCAACAGGAUGACCAAACUGUCCGAGUUUCUCAAAGUGGCUGAGCGAGUUGGGAUAGAUCAGGGCGACAGCCCCGAUCUCACACAGGCUCCCAGCUCUCUCCUGGAGGCUCUGGAGCAGCACCUAGCUUCUCUGGAGGGCAGGAAGCUCAAGGACCUGUCCACGGCCAGCAGAUCCAGCAACUUGUCCAGUGCAGUGUCCUCUCUCUCCAGCACUGGGAUCUCUCUCAGCCGCAUGGACGACAAGACAGAGGACAACAGACUGCAGCAACACAAGGAGGACGGCCAUAAGGGGCUCGACAUUCAGACGCCCAACGUGUCCCCCGGCACCCAGUCAGUGGGAAGUGCCAACAGCAGCGGAGGGGCCACAGAUCUCUACUGCAACUCCCCCAUCGUACCCAUCAACAACCAUGUGCCAAAUCUGACCAGUGAGCUGUUCACCCUGCAGCCAAACUUCACCCACAUCCAGACCACACACACUGUGCCCAACAAUAACAAUGCCUGGGGAGGUGACCUGAUGAAGCCAAACCAACACACUCACAUACACAGCCCAGGAGCCCAGUUGUACUCUGGGAAAAUGCUGCCCAAUGAUUUGGAUUCUUCAUUAGCCAACCUCGUUGGUAACCUGCAGUUUGGGGGGACGCAAGCGAAAAAGCCGGAGCUCCAGUGGAGUCAGCUGGUGGAGAAGAAGCCAACAGGAGGAAAUGGCUGGCAGUCAAAGACAAUGUGCACCAGCACCAACUGGACUCACACCGGCCAUCCCAUGGCACCUGCACCCAUGCAGGUCCCCCAGAUGAAUGGGAUGAUCUAUACUGGCUAUGCUCCAGCACCAGUGGCUUUUCCUAUGACGUCACCCCAAGUGCCUGUGUAUGGAAUGCUCCCUCCUCAGAUGAGUCAUCAGAUGGGGGGCGUUCCCAUGAUGCCCCCACAGCAUGUCAUGUACAACCAGCCGGUCCUGAGACCUACCAAUCCCUUCGGACCCAUCCCGGGGACACAGAUGCACUUCAUGUAGGGAUGAUCUCGUAACCAUGGCAGCAAAGCUGAGAAAGAGAAGGCGAGAGGAAAGAGAUGGAGGCAAAGAGUCAAAGAAAACAAAUCCAGAACCAAAUCCCAGUGCAGGAGGAAGGAAGACAAAGACAGAGAGGAAAGAGGGAGCGGAGAGGAAGAAGGAGAGAGGACCAGAGGAUGGAUAAAGGAUGAAAUGCUGAUCUCUCUUUCUAUGUCGCCUGACCCUCUAAUCUCCUCUCCUCUCUCCAUGUGGCUACUGAUCUCUCUGUCUUUGAAUCCAUAAUGCCGGGGCACCAGAGGCUCCUCGUCCGUCCCACUCAUCCUCUGUUUGAUUUGCCAGUUCAGACGGCGAAUACGUCCUGUGAUGAGGCUACAAAAACUGACCGCUCAAUGGAAGUGCAGACGCUCUACAGGCCACUUCCUGACCUCCUCAUCCAGAUAAUUUCCUGUAUUAAAAACUAACCCUCUUCCCUCUCCAUCCCCCAACUGAAUCAAACCUGGAGGACGCGCGCCUCUUUCUCCGAUUGGAUCGUUUCCUGGCACUUUACUCAAUGUGAACUUUGCCAAGGGUGUGUGUCUGUGUGGGUGAUUUUAGCAUCUUGUUUAGAUUGGUUCCCGGUUGCGUGUCAUCCAUCACCUGAUGUCAGAAGUAAUCGAUUCAAAUGCAAGCGUGCGUGUCCCUUUUUCUACAUUUCAGUGUGCUGCAUCAACAUUUACUGUUUUGAGUCUUUUUAUGAGCUCAAUUUGUUCUUAAUUGCCAACUUCACAUUCAGAAUCUAGCAUGGAAGGAUAAUUUGCAGGCACGCUUGUGUAUGUGUGUGUAUUAAUGUGUGUGUGUGUGUGGAUGGAUGGAGCUGUGUAGGGUAAGUACUGUACGUUUCUCUUUUGGUACCUGAUGUCAUUGCUGUGUUGCCAGGUACCAAUGUGUUACUGCACUGGAACUAACUGAGGAAAGCACUGAGCCACAGCCAGGCAUCAUAUUUGGAUGUAAACAAACCUCUUACACUAACUUUGCUACUUGGGGAUGUGCUGUACACACUGUAUUCUGUUCUUUUUGUUCCUCCUCUACAGCUGUGCAAUAUCAUGCAACCCUGUCACGUCUUGUCCACCCAUCUGUAGCUUGUCUAGAAGCCGUUUCCUGAUGAAGUGUUGUACCUCUUGUGUGUCCACAUCAGGUUUCUGUACAGAAUGUUGUCUUUUUUUUUGUUCUUUUUCACCAUGUUCUGUUAGACCCGUACUGCUCUUAAAGUAGGGAAAAAUGCACUGAGAGCCAGAUAGAGACGUGACUGGAUAUUAGUUAGAUGAUUCCCAGUCUUGCCAAUCAGAAAAGGUCUAACUCUCAAUUGUAAGAUGUCCUCCCUGUUAUGAGCAUUCGUCCUUUACAAAAAUUAGUCUCUUGAGAAGUCCUCUAUGCACUCCAGAAAAACUGGGUAGGUGUUAUUACAGCAGCAGACGUCUCAUCUCUCAACAAUUGGAGGAAUUAAAAGAUUUCGCCAGCACAGAAGAAAGUUGGUUAAUGUAGUGUUAACAUUUGUGGACAGGAUUGUUAUAAGGUCAGUUGGAGGAGACAAGUGAAGACCAGACUGUCGGAAAGCCACUGAGGGAAUCGUCUGCCGGUCACGACCCGAGUAUUGCCUGCAGUGAAAACGCACAGAUUAAUUCAGACAGCCGGAGGCGGGGAGGCUUUAAUGAGACGUUUAAUGUUAAUGUGGCUUUUCUCGCAGAUCCAAGGUCAAGUUAAACCCACAGACGGACGAUAUAUAUAUAUCCUUAUAUAUAUAUAUAUAGCACAAACCUCUUAGGAGGGAACAAUGCUCUGCUGCACAAAAACCUAAAAUCAUUGCUGGGAUGUACAGUUAUAGGGGCAAUAAUUAACUGGGGUUGAAGUCGUUUUCUAUUGAUUGUGUCUGUUCUAUGUACUGUACGUGUGUUUGUGUGCACAUGCCUUCCCAUAGAGAUAAACAGGGUCAUGUUGCUCGGUUAGAGAUGAAAGGUCUCUAGCGAGCUGGUAGCGUGUACUAACUUAGCAGUGAGUGCUAUUGUGACCGUGUCUCAGUCUGUACUACACCCCAUCAAUUCAAAGUGGUUCUAGGAACAGUCAAAUGACGAAGAGAAAUGCAAAACAAAAAGGCCAGAGUCGGCAGACCUGGAAUCUCAUAAAGUGAAUCUGAGGUGAACCUCUCCAGUCGGAUCUGCUCAGGGUGGUGAUUUCUAACAAAGCCGCCAGAGAAGUGCAACUGCACGGUGCUGUAUCGCACAUGAUUAAUCCUUGAAAUGUAAGAGCUGGAUUUACGAGUCUACUACCAGCAGUGUGUUAGAAAUCAUCACCAAGCAGGCGGAUAGUCUCUGAGGUUUCUAAAUAAGCCGCAGCUGACAUUUGGAAAUGUCCUUUCGGAAAAAUUUGUUGAUCCAGCCCCCCCCCCCAUUACUUGUUGUUCCAGUGGUUUGUCUUUCCCCGUCAGCUGAAUGCUCUUUUCAUUGUGCACUUCAUUCCCACUACGCAGCUUGUUCCAUUCUGGGCCAACCUCUGACUGUUACUGUGUCCUCUGUAUAUAGGUAAUGCCGUUCAUGUGUUUUUAGACGUGCUCUCUCUGUAAAGUGAUCGAAGCCCCAUUGGAUGACGUUACUGUAUGUGGGACAACUUAUUGCUGUAUCUGUGUUUGAAUGGUUGUAUUUUGAAGGUGUCAUCAUCCAGGGAUGG